GUAGCGGUGUAGCCGAAGGAUUGUAGCGUCACGAACAUCAGUGCUACGAAAGGCGCGCCGCGAGUCGCUCAAGCCGACGCGUUGCGGGCUGUUACGAGACCAACUCGCGACUUUCGCUCGUUUCGUCAACCAUAUUUUACGAACGUUAUAAAAAUAGAUUACUUAAAUCGAGUUUUUGUUGCGGUUUUAUCACCAUUAUUUUUAGCGGGCGGCUUGCAAAAUCCCUAUUGCGUGGCAAUGUUUCGUGUAAUGAGUGCCGAAAUUCAGUUUCGAAGUGUAGGGUUGAUUUGAAGAGUAUCGUUUGAUAAUGAGGCGGCGGAGUGUCGUGUUCGCAAACUGAGAAGAAUCUGAGCCGAUCAUCAACAUGAUACCACCGCUCGUUCUAAACCUUAUUUGGAUGACUGCGUUUUUUUUCGUUAGAGAGGCGGCUUGUUGCGACGAGGAGUACAGACUGGUGCGUCACCUGAUGCAGAAAUAUGAUGCUUCUGUGCGUCCUGUCGAGAAUUCCUCGCACCCGCUGCUAGUCACCUUCGGCGUGUCCCUGCACCACAUCAUCGACGUGGAGGAGAAAGAUCAGUUGCUGACAACAAACUGCUGGAUUACUCAGGUGUGGACCGAUUACCACCUCAGAUGGAACACCAGUGAUUUUGAUGGCAUCGACGUCAUAAGAAUACCAUAUGAAAGAGUGUGGAAACCUGACAUAAUACUAUACAAUAACGCUGAUCCCAACUAUCGUUCAGCGGUGAUUAACACAAACGUGAUCGUCAAGUACACUGGCGAGGUGACGUGGCUCAGUCACGGCAUCUACGUGUCCGUGUGCGACAUCAAUGUGGAGCAGUUCCCCUUCGAUAUCCAGCUGUGCACCAUGAAGUGGGCCUCUUGGACUUACGACGGAUUCCAGUUGGACCUAAAGAAGCAGUUCGACGGAGGCGACACAACGAAUUACCAAACGAACGGCGAGUUUGACCUAGUGAGUUUUGAGGCCAUCCGACACAACCAGUACUACUCGUGCUGUGUGGAACCCUACCCUGACAUCACAUACGUCAUCAAACUACGUAGGCGACCUAUGUUCUAUGUCUUCAACUUGAUACUGCCCUGUCUACUCAUCAACGGAAUAGCUCUCCUGGUAUUUUACGUGCCAUCAGAGUCAGGAGAGAAAGUGACACUCGGAAUAAGCGCUCUCCUGUCAAUGACGGUGUUCCUGAUGACUAUUCGGGACACUCUGCCGCCUACGGAGAAGACGCCACUUAUUAGUUUGUAUUAUGGAGUUAGUACGUGCCUAGUAUCUUUUUCUGCAUCACUAUCGGUGGUCACCCUAAACAUAUCGUACAGAGGAGUGAGAGGGCAGCCGGUGCCGGCGUUGCUGCGCGAGCUGGUGCUGCAGCGGCUCGCGCGCCUGCUCUUCAUCAACUUAGACACAGACUCGCCAAAGGGUGAGAGCAGCGUGGUGGCUUCGGGAGUGGUGGGCGUCCAGGUGAACCCGCGCACGGGGUCGCGGCUGAAGGCCGAGGUGCGCUGCGACGGUGCGCCCGCGCUGCCACCCUCGCCUCGCUUCACGAGGCACAACCACAACCAUCACGGCGGUGCAACCACGGGCGCGGUGGCGGGCGGACCGGGCAGCGAGGUGCCGUGCGUGGGCGCGUGCGCGCUCUGCGCCUGCUGCGGCUGCACGCUGCGCGAGGCGGCCGCGCGCCACGAGCAACGCGUCGCAGCCAACGAGCGACUCGAACGCGCCAACCUCGAGUGGAAACAGGUGGCGGUGGUAGCAGAUCGGGCGCUUUUAGCCGUUUUCGUGCUCGUCACCACCAUCUCGACAGCAGCCAUUCUCCUGCCGCAGCUAAACAAUCUGCACGUCGGAAACACACCUCUACAGCCACCCACUUAAAGUCUUAUAUGCCAAGAGUGGGCACAAAGACGCAAAAUCAAAGACUUACCAACGAAUUAAUUAGACGCCAUAGUGGAAAGGGGUGCUUGUGACAAAACAAGUAUAUCUAUACUAUAAAUUGAUGGUGAGAAAAAUCUAAUUUCAAAGCUGGCGUUGGUGACGACAAUGAGAAGGUACUUAAUCGAAAUUUUCUAUACAGGGGAUGUAUUUAAAACCUUGUCCGAUUCCGUGAGCAAAGUUAGACAAUACAAACUUUGGAGGGAAAAUAAAGAACUUUUUCGAAUAUUGUUUCGCUGAUGUUAACAAUAUUGCAAACUUUAUUUACACGGACAAUGAAAGUUUUCAGUUAUAUGUCCCGACUUGAAUCUAAUUCAAAUAUGUAGUUAUUUUAGAUUCAUUCAUUAAAAGUGUUGGACGGGGUUUUAUAAACAGACUGUAUAGGUAUGUCGUGAUUGAAGUUUUGUAAAAAGUACAAGAUUGUAAAAAAUCAUAAUUUUAAAGCAAAAUUAAAAUCGUCAUAUAGAUUUGUUAUCGCAUUGAAAAUACGGAGCGCUAUUCGAGACUUACUUGAUCUCAUUUUCAGUGGAAUGAAAUUGUAUGGCAUUUUUAUGGUGUUAAAAAGUUCGCUCCGAUGAAAAAGUGAAAUUGUGAUCGUGUAAAAAACUGGCACUCCAAACUGAUUUAAGUUAUUUGAUUAAACUGAGGUGUCCAGCGCAAAGUUGCGUGGAAUGUUUAAUUUAAACAAAAGAAGAUCUCUUAAUUAAAUUUAACUAAAUCUUACUUAUUAAUUUUACUCGAGUACAUUUGAGUGUUCUGUAAUGAGUGUAAUAAAUUUUAUAAGUUACUUAUUUCUUACAAUGGACAAAGAAAAUUGUAAAGACGAUUUAUCAUCGUCGUUGUUCAUGAAACUUUUCAAUUGAGCAUUAUGGCUAAUCACGUUAGCAAAGGAAUAACUUCAUUAUAUUAUCUAUGGGUUUGUGCCGAUGCCAUAAGUUAAUGUUUUGUUAAGUUUUAGAUUAAUUAAUUCUGUUAGCAUAAACGAGUUGUUAUAAAUAACGUUGGAGUCAAUUACCGCCAAUCAAAAUUUGAGUAAGUCCAUUUGCGAAUUGUGUUUAAUAAAAAUCUUUAAACCAUGUGCCAAAGAAUGAAAAAUAUUGCCAGACGGUGCGCGUAAAAUAUUAUUACUUAAGUUUUCGAAUAUUUUAAUAAUUUGCUCAUAUAUUUCGUUGCGUCAACAAAAGUGUCAAACAAUAUUUCAUUACUCUUAACGAAAUUUUCACAGGUGAAUUAAAAUUAGGUGCUUGUUUACGAAUCCAUCUGGUUAGGAGGUGUAAAUUGAAAGUUAUUGUAUUUUCGAUAAAACAUUGAACAUCAUAAAGAACAUUCAAAAUAUAUUUUCAGAAACUUAAAAAAAAACAACUUUUCAAGUUACGAUUCUAAGGAGCCAUUUAAAACGGCUUUAUUUCACAACAUAACCGAUCGAAGUAGCAUUUCUAUAUCUUCAUAAUUAUCCAUGUGCAUUUAAGUACUUACGAAGUUUAGUCAAAUUUGAUGUUAGCGGUUAAAUUAGUUUUUAAUUAUUACCCAACUAGUUAUGCUCAAGGUUGUUGCCAAAUAAUAACAGAAAUUUUGUAAAUAUAAUACUUAAAUGUUGUUAAUCUUAAGGUAAAUGCUAUUAUUAUUGAAUUAUGUAUUUAUCUUUACAAAAGUGGGAUAAAGAUCAAAACAAUGUGA